AUGUCGAAACCAAAUAAAAUAACUUCAUUUUUCAAUGCAUCAGAAACGUAUGACUCGCAUUCGGCUCGUAAAAAAGCACUUGACAGUGCACUAAUGAAAAUGAUUGCCAUAGAUUACCAGCCUUUCCGAAUCGUAGAAGACGAGGCUUUUUCCGCUUUCGUCAAGUUACUAGAUCCGCGCUAUGUGAUGCCUAGCAGAACCACGUUGCAGAAUGUAAUGUGCCACGAAUUAUAUGAUCAAUCAAAAGCAAAUCUUAAAAAUAUUCUUAUGAAAGUAAAUACUUGUGCUAUUUCUACGGAUGCCUGGACCUCUCGGGCAAACGAGAGUUACUUAACCGUAACCUGUCACUUCAUUGAAAAUUGUAGCUUAAGAAGCGCAGUAUUGUCUACCUACAAUCUUUUGGAGAGUACUAAUCAUUCGGCUGCCAAUAUUGCCGAGUCCUUGCGAAUUGUACUGACGGAGUGGGGCGUUUUAGAUAAAGUUUCGAAUGUUAUCACCUACAAUGCGUCAUCCAUGAUUAAAGCAUGCGAAUUGUUGCAAAAACGACAUCUUCCGUGCUUUGCACAUUAA